GUUUUGUUUACAAAGAAAAGCUGUAGAGUAAACAGCGCAGUAAGAAUUUCAUCUUAUUUUGCUAAAUAAAACCCCCCAGAAUGGCUGAAACCGCCGCAAGUUCAUCGAAAUCGUUUGCCGAGAAGCAGGCCGAACGUAUGGCUCGCUUGAAACAACUGCACACCCAACGUAACGAGGCGCGAGCUUCCAACCAUCAAGAGGUCAUCGCGGAACACGAGCGUAAGAAGCUGCCAGCAAAUUGGGAAGCCAGAAAACGGCAAGCCGAAUGGCUUAUAGGCGAUUUACAAGCACGUACGGAAGCGGAAGAAAAAGGGCUCGAUUACAAUCGGGUGAAAAUGCUUAACGUGUCCGCUGCGGAAGCCGAUCGAAUCGACAAGCUGAGGGCGAAGAAACGGAACGCAGAUCCGGGCUUCUCGGACUACGAAGCACAAACGGCCCGUCAGUACAGUCGGUUGGUAAAAGCGAUGCCAGCGAGGGAUUUGGUCAAGUACGAAGAGCAAAAGGAGAAGUAUGGUGACGCGUUCUACGGUGGACCGAACGUUAUACUGCAGGGACUCCACAAGGAUACACCGGCCGCGAUCGACAGCAUGGUGAAAGAUUUGGAAGGGCAGAUAGCGAAGCGCAAGAAGUUCUCGCGCAGACGCACCCACAACGAUGAUGCUGAUAUUGAUUACAUUAAUGAGAAGAAUGCUCGGUUCAACAAAAAAUUGGAACGGUUCUAUGGAGAGCAUACGGCAGAGAUCAAACAGAAUUUGGAACGUGGUACGGCUAUCUAA